UGUUAUUGAAUCAGAGAUGGACGUUGGGGGUAAUGGUGGUGGUUUGAUUGUCAAUAAACAGAGGGCUAUGUUACCCAACAAAAGUAGGGGUGAAUUUGUCCGUAAUCAAAGAAAAGACUCGGAGGGCUUCUCCGAGUCUCCAGACCUUGAGUUUGAGUAUGCAGAUACAGACAAGUGGUCUGCUGAACUGUCAGAGCUAUACAGUUACACUGAAGGACCAGAAUUUCUUCUCAACAGAAAAUGCUUUGAGGAGGAAUUCCGAACUCAUGUGUCUGACAAGAAAUGGACCGAGCUGGAUGUGGCUCAACACAGAGCUCACGCCAUGCGUCUACUGGACGGCCUGGAGGUGAUCACCAGGGAGAAGAGACUGAAGGUGUCCAGGGCAAUCCUCUACAUGGUUCAGGGGACGUUUGCGGAGUGCAGCUCUGAGGCAGAAGUGCAGCACUGGAUGAGGUAUAACAUCUUCCUGCUGCUGGAUGUUGGCACCUUCACGGCCCUUGUGGAGCUGCUCAACAUGGAGGUUGAUAACAGUGCUGCCUGUAGCAGUGCAGUCAGAAAGCCAGCGAUCUCCUUGGCUGACAGCACAGACCUCAGGGUGCUGCUCAACAUCAUGUAUCUGAUGGUGGUGACCAUCCAGCAGGAGGACCCAGCCGACUCACCUGAUUGGAGGGCCACCAGGGAGACCUUUAAAACAGAGCUGGGCUCUCCUCUGUAUAACAACGAGCCCAUCUCUGUCAUGCUCUUUGGCAUGGUGACAAAGUUCUGCAGUGGUCACGCCCCCCACUUCCCCAUGAAGAAGGUUCUGAUGCUGCUGUGGAAGAGCAUACUGUUCACCCUCGGGGGGUUUGAGCAGCUCCAGAACAUUAAGGUGAGUAAGCGGGAGGAGCUUCGCCUGCCCCCCCUCCCAGAGGACAGCAUCCGGGUCAUCAGGAGCAUGAGGGCAGCCUCGCCCCCCGCAUCUGCCUCUGACCUCAUCGAACAGCAGCAGAAAAGGGCACGCCGUGAACACAAGUCCCUAAUAAAACAGGACAACCUGGACGCCUUCAAUGAGAAGGACCCCUACAAGUCAGAUGACCCUCGUGAAGAUGAGGAUGACAACGAUGACAAUGACAACUCCAUGGAGGCGGAGCCUUUUCCCAUGGAACGGGAUGAGGUCAUGCCCCCACCCAUCCUACACCCCCCCUCAGAGAGAGUGAACUUCCCCAAGGGCCUGCCUUGGGCCCCCAAAGUCAGGGAAAAGGACAUAGAACAUUUCCUGGAAUCAAGUAGAAGCAAAUUUAUCGGCUAUACGCUUGGAAAUGACACAGAUACAGUUGUCGGCCUACCCAGACCCAUCCAUGAAAGCAUCAGAACCUUGAAGCAGCAUAAGUACAUCUCUAUAGCUGAGAUUCAGAUUGCCAAGGAGGAUGAGUUUCAGAAAACUCCACUGUCAGGGGGAGAAGAGGAUGUGGAGAUGUGCUCCACUGAGCUGCUAUACCAGGGCAUUCUUCCCAGCUUGCCUCAGUACAUGAUUGCCCUGCUGAAGAUCCUGCUAGCGGCUGCCCCCACCUCCAAGGCCAAGACAGACUCCAUCAACAUCCUGGCAGAUGUGCUGCCUGAGGAGAUGCCGACCACUGUGCUCCAGAGCAUGAAACUUGGUGUGGAUGUUAACCGCCACAAGGAGAUCAUUGUUAAGGCCAUCUCUGCCAUCCUGCUGUUGCUUCUCAAACACUUCAAACUCAAUCACGUCUACCAGUUUGAGUACAUGGCUCAGCACCUGGUGUUUGCCAACUGUAUUCCUCUCAUUCUCAAGUUCUUCAACCAGAACAUAAUUUCUUACAUCACAGCCAAGAACAGUAUUUCUGUGCUGGACUUCCCUUACUGUGUGGUGCAUGAGCUCCCUGAACUUACUGCAGAGAGUUUGGAGGCUGGCGACAACAACCAGUUCUGCUGGAGGAACCUGUUCUCCUGUAUCAACCUGUUGAGGAUCCUCAACAAGCUGACCAAGUGGAAGCACUCCAGAACCAUGAUGCUGGUGGUGUUCAAAUCUGCUCCCAUAUUGAAGAGGGCGUUGAAGGUUAAACAGGCCAUGAUGCAGCUGUACGUCCUCAAGCUGCUCAAAGUGCAAACCAAGUACCUGGGCCGCCAGUGGAGGAAGAGCAACAUGAAGACCAUGUCUGCCAUAUACCAGAAGGUCCGCCAUCGCCUCAAUGACGACUGGGCCUACGGUAACGACCUGGAUGCGCGGCCCUGGGACUUCCAGGCAGAGGAGUGUGCUCUGCGCGCCAACAUUGAGCGCUUCAACAGCCGCCGCUACGACAACAACCAGAGGAACCCUGACUUCCUGCCCGUGGACAACUGCCUGCAGAGCGUUCUUGGACAGCGCGUCGACCUGCCGGAGGAUUUCCAGAUGAACUAUGACCUCUGGCUGGAGCGAGAAGUCUUCUCCAAGCCCAUAUCCUGGGAGGAGCUUCUGCAAUGAUAACAGGGCUGGGUGGUGGGAGGUGGUGCUAUAGGAAGGUUUUCUGAACCCACCUCCCCAAGGUGGCAACACUAGUCUACAUCUCCACAUCGUUUAGUGCUGAAAAAGCAUACCUGUUACAGCAUUCAUAGAGCACUGCAUUUGUUUCUGAAAAUUACGCAGACAAGUCCCCAUAACAAACAUGAUCCUUGUGUUGUCACCUCGUGCAGAGAAAAUAACAGUCAGUAAGGGAUAUUCAGGAGGUAGAGGGUCAACACCUAAGUCACCUAAAUGUGGACCUUGCGCAUUAGCAUUACCCCUUCACAGUUGGACCAAUCAUUUAUAAUAUCUGAAUCCAGGCACUAGACUUCUCUUCUUUUUUUAAAAAGCGCAAAUAGGGGGUGCUUAUAUUUGUCCUGUUUCACACAUGUACAAGUGUGUAACCUGUACAAGCGUGUGGUGAAAUGGAAAUGUGUUUUUUGCAUAUCCCAUUUGGAGAGUGGUGUCACUCAUGGCCAAGGUGAACCAGGUCUUGAUUUACCCCAUGUAGAGCCUUUUCUAGUUUUCAACUGGACCUUUACAGAGUGCUAUAGGUUUUAUCAGCCUUGUCCAACCUCCAUGGUUGGGUAUGUAAACCCUUUGUAUUCUGUUACUUACACACAACUCCACACAUCCAACCUGCCAUGGUGCCACUCUCCUGGCUGUCGGACCAGUACUCUGCCCUUCAAGCACUAUAGUACACUAUUAUAACCCUUAAGAACAAGUACAAAAUAAAGUGUUUGUGUGGAAGAGCGAUUGUGAGGGAAGGGUUGCUUGAGUGUGUGUGUACAGUAUGUCUUAUGGUUACUGAUAUAACCCCCUGUUGACCAGGCUUUUGAUGUUCCAUUAGUACUCUUCUCACUGAGUGACCGUUGGCUUGUAUGAAUCACACACCUCUAUCAACCCUGGUGGAGACAAUUUAGAUUGGUAUUAAGACAUUUUAAUGGAAUUUCCAGCCUAAUGUUUUAACCUAAAGCAACAGGCACACGUGCUGGCCACUACACAACCUUAUUGGCUGAUAACUUGGGAAACAAACCUUCAUUUUGUGUGUAUGUGUGUGUGCACAGUAUGUUUGAGAGAGUGAGGGAAGAAAGUGGUUCUCACUCACUCUUCACUAGCUAAUGUUUUUUUUUAACUCAAGGGAACAAUUUUGCCCACCUGUUAACUCCUCAGUUCUAAGAUAAUUGUAUAGUUGCAUUGUGCUUAUACUAAUUUACCACAGCUAUUGCUUUUUUUGUGUUAGGUUUUAUUUAUUCGCACCAAAGACAAAACAGUACAGAUAAAACAGAAUGGUAGAAACUGUGCAGGUGAGGUUGGAAGCCCAAAAGGGCUUUUAUGACAAAUAUAAGUACAUCAAAUAAAGUAUGUUCCAUCAGUUAAA